AUGAGAAGCCAGGAAGAGCAGAACAUGGAUGGAAGAAAAGAAGUGGAUGUAGACAUUGAAGGCAGUGCUGCAGUCGACGGGAAGGAGGUGUCUGACCCUCGCGUUGCAGAUGCUGCGUCAGGAGCACCCGAGAAGGAACAUGGAGAAAAAGCUAAGGGAUAUGGUAUAAGUGAGUUCAAGGAAUACAUCACCGAGAUUCCCUUUCCCAUUAAGGAAAAAACAGGGGUCAUGAGACAAUUUCUGUCCGGAAUCGAGAAGUUGUUUGCCAUUAUCAAAUCAUCAUUCAGAAAAGCAAUCCUGUGGAUAUCCAAAAAAAACAUUAGAGAUGAAGAGAAAGUGUGA